GAUAGAAAGCUUAUAUAUACUCGAGGAGGUAAACAUCUUCUUUCAACUUUCGUCUCUGAUCUUCUUCGAUUUCAAUCUCUUCCUCUCAAAUUCCUGACACAGUCCAAAAUCUAUCUAUCUCUCUCUCUCUCUCGACAAUUCUGGUUAAUUGUCCGGACAGGGUAAUGACUUUGCAACAGCGGAUCGGAGCUCUAUCGGUAACACCGAUGUCGGCAGAAUCAGGCAUCAUUUCCGGCGACACGAUUCCGGCGACGGUGAGCGCGUCACCCGGGUGGAGGUCGCCGACGGCCAGCCUCCGGUGCGGGACGGACAUCGACCGAGUAUCACCGUCGCCGCCGCUGAGCCCGAGGAUCGGCGUGAUGCGGCCGGAUCUGUCGGUGGCUUGGCAGGCCCUCAUGACGGAGGAGGCGGCACCGGCAGAGGUAAGGGAGUACAAGGAGGUGGUGGGGGCCGGCGCGCAGGUCAAGGAGAAGGGGGUGCCGGUUUACGUGAUGAUGCCGUUGGACAGCGUGACGACGGGGAACGCGGUGAGCAGGAGGAAGGCGGUGAACGCUAGCAUGCAGGCGUUAAAGAGCGCCGGGGUGGAGGGGGUGAUGAUGGACGUGUGGUGGGGGCUGGUGGAGAGAGAGGCGCCCGGGGAGUAUAACUGGGGUGGGUACGUGGAGUUAAUGGAGAUGGCGAAGAAGCAUGGGCUCAAGGUGCAGGCGGUUAUGUCGUUUCAUCAGUGUGGCGGAAAUGUCGGUGACUCUUGCACUAUCCCUCUGCCAAAGUGGGCUGUGGAAGAGAUUGACAAAGACCCUGAACUUGCUUACACAGAUCAAUGGGGAAGGAGAAAUUAUGAAUACAUAUCUCUGGGGUGUGAUACUCUUCCAGUCCUCAAGGGACGGACACCCAUCCAGUGCUAUUCUGACUUCAUGCGUUCUUUUAGAGACAGAUUUGAGCAUCUUCUAGGCGACACCAUUGUGGAAAUCCAAGUUGGAAUGGGUCCAGCAGGCGAGCUCCGUUACCCAUCGUACCCAGAGCAAAAUGAAACAUGGAAGUUUCCUGGAAUUGGAGCCUUUCAGUGUUAUGACAAGUAUAUGCUCAGUCACUUAAAAACUGCAGCAGAAGCUGCUGGGAAGCCAGAAUGGGGAAGCACAGGCCCCAGAGAUGCAGGGCACUACAACAACUGGCCAGAAGACACCGACUUCUUCCGAAAGGAAGGCGGCGGUUGGAAUUGUCCAUAUGGUGAAUUCUUCCUCACUUGGUACUCUGAGAUGCUUCUAAGCCAUGGAGAGAGAAUACUAUCAUCCGUCAAAUCUAUCUUCGACAAUACAGGUGUCAAAAUCUCAGUUAAAAUAGCAGGCAUCCACUGGCACUACGGGACCCGGUCCCACGCUCCUGAACUCACUGCAGGGUAUUACAACACCCGGUUCAGAGAUGGAUACCUUCCCAUCGCCCAAAUGUUAGCACGCCAUGGCGCCAUAUUUAACUUCACCUGUAUAGAGAUGCGGGACCAAGAACAACCGCAAGAUGCCCAAUGUGCCCCUGAGAAGCUAGUUAGGCAAGUGGCUUUGGCCACUGGGGAGGCUCAAGUUCCACUCGCUGGGGAAAACGCGUUGCCACGGUAUGAUGAAUUUGCACACGAGAAGAUUUUGAAAGCUUCGUGGUUGGAUGUGGAUGGGAAUGAGGGAGGAGAGAGAGAGAUGUGCGCAUUCACGUACUUGAGAAUGACUCCAGAUUUGUUCCAGCAGGAGAACUGGAGGCGGUUUGUGGCGUUUGUGAAGAAGAUGAAGGAAGGAAAGAAUGGGGAGCAGGUGGAGAGGGAGGCGGAGCAUUUUGUGCACGUAUCUCAGCCCUUGGAACAGGAAGCAGCUGUUGCUCUCAUGCACUAGAUGUUUACUUUAGGUCAGGGCAUGUUGUAUUUAGCUGCUGUAUAGGUCAGCUACCGAUACGAGGUUUACAGUGGUUAGGAAUAAAUUCGGAUGACUUGCAUCCAUGUAACUCUCCUUGUGCUUUUCUCUUGUUAAACAUUAUGUUACUUCAUUGAAAGCAACUUUAAUUCCACGGUUAUCUA